ACGCCGACCCACGCAGAUCCAAAGCGAGAUCCAAAAGAACGUCUUUGCUUUCCCUGCCAGCUCCAUCGUCGAGCGAGGGCGCAGGAAGCGGGCGAGAAACAAAGCUUUCCACUGCUCCGCCCGUUCCCGCCGCCUGGUUCCGAGGCCAAGGAGCCUCUGUUGGAAGAGAUGGUGAUGGGCCCGGGCCCCUUGUUGUUGGUCUUCAUGCUGGGUCUUGGGCUGACCCCACUGACCCUGGCUCAGGAUGACUCCAGGCACCUCUAAGGUACUGAUGGCUCUACAGAGGACCUGUUCAUUGCUUCUGCUCUUGCUGCUGACCCUGCUGGGGCUGGGGCUAGUACAGCCCUCCUAUGGCCAGGAUCGCAUGUACCAACGAUUCCUGCGGCAACAUGUGGACCCUGAGGGGACAGGUGGCGAUGACAGAUACUGCAAUUUGAUGAUGCAAAGACGGAAGAUGACUAUGCGUCAGUGCAAGCGCUUCAACACCUUCAUCCAUGACGACAUCUGGAACAUUCGUAGUAUCUGCAGCACCACCAAUAUCCAGUGCAAGAAUGGCAAUAUGAACUGUCAUGAGGGUGUAGUGAAGGUCACAGACUGCAGGGAGACAGGAAGUUCCAGGGCCCCCAACUGCAGAUAUCGAGCCUUGGCAAGCACUCGGCGUGUCGUCAUUGCCUGUGAGGGUAACCCAGAGGUGCCUGUGCACUUUGACAAAUAGAUACCACCCUGCAGGGGUUAUGGCCAGUGUUUGGCCUUUAACUUACUCCUUAAAUAGCAAUGAGUAGUGCAUUUGAACUGUCCCAGGCUCUGUCUCCUCUGUUCAUUUCUUAUGCUUUUUCUCUAUAUAACCCAUUCUACUAAAUAUUAAUACAUUGCAUUAAAGAUAAAUGGAGAUGUACGCCUAUAAUGAGUCUGGGCUUUUCUAUAAUAAGCUUCCUUUUAUAAUACUGGUCAGCUUAACUCUCUCAGAUCCUAUCCUCUGUAAUUUAGUUAUUAUGUGUAUUUAUAUAGAAUUUCAAGCAUUUCAGAGUGCUUUCAUUUUAAUAUCGUAGCACCCCUGAUGAUGUUGUUAUAUAGAAGCUUGAAGUUAAGGAAUCUGCUGAAGACCAUAAAGUUAGUGGAAGAGCUGAGACAAAAAUCCAGUUUAAGUAGCUACUCAUCCAGGGAUGUUUCUACUUAGUCACAAGGAAUGCUUUGAGUGUCUGCUUUUUGUUAUGCCCAAAAGUCAGCUGUUGGGAGAAGCAUUAAAAAUUUGAAAAUAUAUAGUAGCAAAAUCAAAGCUCUGUGUUAUUUGUCAUUGUUGUUAUGUUGAGUCUGAUAAGAUUAAGAAAAUGAUGUUAGGAAUUUUCUCUUCCUUUUCCCAAACCUUUAAAUCACCCUGGUAAGUUGGAGUAUUAAAAAUGUGCUAGAUCA